AUGUUACAAGGUAGGCAUGUAGCCUUGUACGCCGUGUCUCUUCUAACCCUUCCAUCCAUAUCUGCAUCUUGCAACACCUCCGCCGCACCUAAAUCCAUCUCAGCACCCUUCCUGUCUUACUCUGUUCCCCGUAGACACGGCGCCAAAACGCUCUAGUCACACAAGCAACACUUUGACAUAUGUCACAUCAAUCAAUCCCCCCUCUAACCUUCCUAUACACUUCUUUGAAAGCUUGAGCUUAAAACCACAUCCCAACAUCCAACCGAACUCCGCCCCUACGCACCUAUUCCCUAUUUUCUCUUAGACUCGUCCCCAAACCUGAAUCCUUCGUCUGCACCUCUAGUCUGUCCCCCCCGCGCUCGUAAAGUCUAAUCCAAAAAAGACCGCUUACACGCGUUCGAUGCGGGUGGGGCCGAGAACUUGCUGACCCAGACCCAGCUGGGGAGUUUCGGUGAUCGGGAAAAGCUGGUGAUCAGGGUUCUUUUUUUUUUUCGUACGCGAAGGGUAAACGGUUGUAAUCUCCCACACAUACUUUUUCCCGCCCCAGCUCGCACAGUGCUUCGACGCCUUCAUAUUACAUUAUCACUUAGGCCUACAUGCUGCUGCUGCUGCUUGCCUCGCCUGCACUCUCACACGUCGGCAGUA